CCCUGCCCUGGUCGUGCUUUGGAGUUCCUAAGUCGUGCAGCGUGCGCGACGGUAGUGACGCGUAUUACCGGGAAUAUGGCGGAUACCGGCUUGCGCCGCGUGGUUCCCAGCGACCUUUAUCCCCUCGUGCUCGGCUUUCUGCGUGAUAACCAACUUUCGGAGGUGGCCAACAAAUUUGCAAAAGCGACAGGCGCUACACAGCAGGAUGCCAAUGCUUCUUCCCUCUUGGACAUCUAUAGCUUCUGGCUCAAGUCCACCAAAGCCCCAAAGCGGAAAUUACAGUCAAAUGGACCAGUGACCAAGAAGGUGAAGAAGGAGACUUCGUCCAGUGACAGCAGUGAGGACAGCAGCGAGGAAGAGGACAAAGCCCGAGGACCUCCAGCAAAGAAGGCUGCUGCACCUGCCAAGCGAACCAGUUUGCCUCAGCAUGCUGGGAAGGCAGUAGCCAAAGCUUCAGAGAGCAGCAGUAGUGAAGAAUCCAGCGAUGAGGAGGAGGAAAAAGACAACAAAAAGAAGCCUGUCCAGCAGAAGGUAGUUAAGCCCCAAGCCAAGGCAGUCAAAACUCCUCCUAAGAAAGCCAAGAGCUCUGAGUCUGAGUCUGACUCAAGCUCAGAGGAUGAAACACCGCAGACCCAGAAGCUAAAGACAGCUAUGGCCGCCAAAGCUCAGCCGAAAGCCUCAGCCAAGCCAGGUUCACCAGCGAGAGCACAGCCUAAAGCAGCCAAUGGCAAAGCAGCCAGCAGCAGCAGCAGCGACAGCAGCAGCGAUGACUCCGAGGAGGAGGAGGAGGCAGCAGCACCCCCCAAGACUAUACCUAAAAAGCAAGUCGUGGCCAAGGCACCAGUGAAAGUAGCUGCCACCCCUGCCCAGAAGAGCUCUAGCAGUGGAGAGUCUUCUAGUGAAGAAGAAGAGCAGAAAAAACCCGUGAAGAAAAAGCCAGGUCCUUAUAGUUCAGUCCCACCGCCUUCUGUUCCUUUGCAAAAGAAGUCCUUGGGAACCCAGCCUGCAAGGAAAGCUGCCGUGCAGAAACAGCCUGCAGAAAGCAGUGAGGACAGCAGUGAGGAGUCUGAUUCAAGCUCCGAGGAAGAGAAAAAAACCCCUGCUAAAGCAGUCCUCUCCAAGACACCUGCCAAACCAACUCCAGUGAAGAAGAAAGCAGAGAGCUCUUCAGACAGCUCGGAUUCUGACAGUUCUGAGGAUGAAGCUCCUGCCAAGCCAGUCAGUACCACCAAGAAUUCCUUAAGCAAGGCAGCUAUCACUCCCAAGCCAUCUGCAGCUAAGGCAGCUGUAACUCCUAAGCAACCUGCAGGCAGUGGCCAGAAACCUCAGACCAGAAAGGCUGACAGUAGCUCCAGCGAAGAGGAGAGCAGCUCCAGCGAGGAGGAGACGACAAAGAAAACUGUGACAACCCCCAAGCCCAAGGUGACUGCUAAAGCAGCACCAUCUCUGCCCACCAAACAGGCUCCUCAGGCUGCGGACAGCAGCUCUGACUCAGACAGUUCCAGCAGUGAUGAAGAGGAGAAGACACCUAAGCCUCCAGCUAAGAAGGCAGUAGGAAGUGGAACCGCAUCCAAACCAGCUAUGAAGAAAGCAGCAGCUGAGAGCAGCAGCUCCUCCGAAGACUCCAGUGAGGAGGAGGAGGAGGAGAAGCCCAAGGGCAAGGGCACUGCUAAACCACAGGCCAGCAAGGCCAAUGGCACUCCGGCUUCUCAGAAUGGAAAAGCAGACAGGGAAAGCGAGGAAGAGGAGGAGGAAGAGACGAAAAAGGCGGCAGUGUCAGCUUCCAAGCCAGGUUCAGGAAAGAAACGAAAGCAGAAUGAGACAGCAGAAGCAGAGACUCCUCAAGCUAAGAAAGUUAAGCUCCAGACUCCAAACACAUUUCCAAAGAGGAAGAAAGCAGAAAAAAGGGCAUCGUCCCCAUUCCGAAGGGUCAGGGAAGAAGAGAUUGAGGUGGAUUCACGAGUAGCAGACAAUUCCUUUGAUGCCAAGCGAGGGGCAGCUGGAGACUGGGGUGAGCGAGCCAAUCAGGUUCUGAAGUUCACCAAAGGCAAGUCCUUCCGCCAUGAAAAAACGAAGAAAAAGCGGGGCAGCUACCGGGGAGGCUCCAUUUCUGUCCAGGUCAAUUCCGUCAAGUUUGAUAGCGAGUGACCUGUGGCCAUCUUAGAAAAGGAAGGUGAUGUUGAGAGACUGGCCUGUCACCUCCACUGAACCAGAGACUCGUGUUGUUGGGGAGGGUCUCGGCAAGGACAGUUUUGAGCAGAUCCUGACUGUUGUUACAGUCUCCAGGCCUUUUAUGUUCCACUUUGUGUGGGUUUGUUUUUGAGUGUUGUCAUUGCCUUCCUGUUCUGGGGGUCUUCAUACUGAGAAGUUUUAUAUUUUAUAUUAAAUGAUUUCGUACAGAUUUUUGUUGUGAUUUUCAGGUCAGAUCUACAAAUUCAAGUCUUAGCUAUUGCCUAAGACUUAGCAAAAUGUCACAUGGUAAGGGUUUUUAUCAGCCGGGUGGUGGUGGCACAUGCCUUUAAUCCCAGCAGAGGCAGGUGGAUCUGAGUUCGAGGCCAGCCUGAUCUACAAGAGCUAGUUCCAGGAUAGGCUCCAAAACUACAGAAAAACCCUGUCUCGUAAAACCAAAAAAAAAAAAACGGUUUCUCACUGGCGGAGUCCACUCAUGUGAGUGCACACGUCCACAUUUUACCCUUCCUUUCCUCAAAAAGCGAAAAUGGCGGGCGCUGACUCAUUGGGUCCGAGAUUGAUACUUUCAGAAGCCAGCAUGGAUCUACCAGCUUUUGGGGAUAAAAAUUGCUGUUCUUGGAAUAUAACAGCCUAUAACAUUGAUAGGCAGUGGUGGCACACGCCUUUAAUCCCAGCACUUGGGGGAUAGAGGCAAGUAGAUCUCUGGGUUUCAGGACAGCCUGUCUGGGGGUGGGAGUUAACAGGCAGAAUUUUGUGUAGUGUGAAUAUAACUGUCUUCAGUAUUUUGUUUUGAGUAGUUUACUAUAACAUGUUUACAGUUCAUCUUGGUUUUAAUUUCAGAGCAAGCUUUUCUGGUAUAGAAAGGCAUUUUCAACAAUUUGACUAUUACUGCUGUGUAUUCUAAGUUCAUGACUGUAUUUGAUUGUUUUUAACAUCGUCAAGAACUGAAUGACAAUGCUUAAUUACUUCUGUCUUGGUAACAGUGACAUGAAAUUGGUGUAAUUAAUUUCUGCAUGGUUGAAAACCACCAGUCAAGGAAAUGGAAAUAUAAAAUCCUCAGCCCCCAAUGUCUAAUAGGUUCAGUGGGCACAUCACGGGAAACUUGUGAGGCGUGGAGGACCUUACAGAGGCAGACUGGAGAACAGGGAGGUUGGAAGCAUCUGAACAGAUCAUUUCGUCUUGGGUGGUACCUGGGAAUGAUUGUGUCUUGUUUAAGUUGGUCUUUUGGACUAAUUGUUAUUAGUUCCUUAGCUGUGGAGUUACUGAUGCAGGCUAAUGGGUAGCGCUGGGAGGCAUCUCUUGGAUAGUGCGCUUGCCGAGCAUCCGUGAGACCCUAGUUUGAUCCCUAACACUUUAAGUAAAUACAUAGAUGGGCAGAGAUUCCUGGGCCAAGAGAGUAGAUGAUAAAGACUUGGAAUGAGACCAUUGACGGAGCUGAGCUCAGCCGGCACAAGGGAGGGAAGGAAGAUCUGACGUGGUGAGGACAGGCCCAGGUUUCACGGAUGAAAAGGAACAUGUCAGAGGCCUUCCGUGUUCAGUUCCAGUCGGCUGAUAACUUGUUGAAGCUGGUUUUCUGUGGCAGCUCCUUGAGGAAGAUAAUGUGCUGAUGUUCGCGUGGUCAGAGCUCUGCGUCUCACUACAAAACAAUAAACUGGAUGCUUUAUGA